AUGCCACCAAUUCGCAAAAAAGGCCCCCUAAAAUCCACUCAGGAUGAGGGAAAGAUCGAAUUAGCUAUUUCCGAUUUAAAAAAUGGAAGAAUUCGCAGUAUUCGUGAAGCUGCAAGAAUCUAUAUGGUUGCUCGUACAACUCUUCAAGAUCGAAUGAAAGGAGUGCCGUAUCGACAAAUAACACGCGCCAACAACCAUAAAUUGAGUCAAUCUGAGGAGGAUUCGCUUGUCAAAUGGGUGCUUGAUUUAACUAAACGUGGAUUACCGCCCCGGCACUUUCUCGUACGAGAUAUGGCUAAUUAUCUUCUCUCACAACAUGGAGAUCAACGGGUUGGAAAUAAAUGGGUAUAUAAUCUUGUUCAACGUCGCCCAGAGAUUGAAUCCAAAUUCUCACGAAAAUACAACUACGAACGUGCCAAAUGUGAAGAUCCAAAGAUUAUACAAGGCCAUUUUGACCGCGUACGAGAUAUAAUAUCUGAGUACGGCAUCUUACCAGAAGAUAUCUAUAAUUUUGAUGAGACGGGCUUUGCUAUGGGACUCUGCGCAACUGCAAAGGUUAUUACUGGAAGCGAUCGAUAUGCUCAGCCAAAGCUUCUACAGCCUGGAAAUCGAGAAUGGGUGACUGCAAUUGAGGCAACAAAUUCAACCGGAUGGGCUCUGCCUUCCCUCUUGAUGUUGGCUGUUUUGCAGUUCUAA